GAUCCAAAUAAAGCUCACUGUAUUGCAAUCGAAGGUGUGGUCCAUCAAAGCUGGAGCGAGUUUGAGAGCUCUUUUCUCUUUGUCUAUAGGCCUGCAAGCUCCUGGUCAAGCCCCACCAUGUCAGGACACGGCUCUACUAAGCCUACAAAAUUUGUGGAGGAACCAACAGCUCUGCUUUGCCCAGUGUGUAAAAGAGUAUAUCGUGAUCCUGUUAUCUCCAUCAAGUGUGGACACACCUUCUGCACAAGCUGUAUUGAAUCACUCACUAGUAACGGACUCAAGUGUCCCAUGGACGGUCAGACCUGUGACUCAGGACAGCUGGUUGUUAAUCGAGCCGUGAAGGAACAGAUAUACGAUCUAAUGAUUCAUUGCUGCCACGGAGUCCUGUGUGUGAAGGAAGAGUUCUUGGAAUUGGACGAAGAUGGUUGCCGGGAAGUGAUUCGGCUUGGUGAUCGAGACGCACACGAGAGCAGCUGUGGGUUUGCAAAGGUGGUGUGUACGAUCGGAGGCUCAGCGUGUGGGGUCAUGAGACGGCAAACGCUAGAGAAACAUCUGAGCAUAUGCAGUAGAAUACCAUGUCCGUAUGGAGAAUUUGGCUGUGUGUUCAGUGGUACAUCAGAUGCAGUGACACAGCACAAGCCUCAGUGUGAGUAUAGAGACGAGUCACAGCUGCUCGCCAUCGCCAUGAGAGAGAUGAAGGCAGUAAGGACAAACAACGACGAGCUGAGAGAGGCGCUGGCUCAUGCAGUAAAGGCCACUGAGAAACUUGGUAUGGAGCGCAGUACCAUGGCUCAGCAGCUGGAGCAUCAGGCAAUGACCAUCACGAAUCUGACAUCACGAAUGGACAAACUAGAAGCUGACUACAAAAACAUUCGUAUAAGACAAACCUCGACAAGCAGAAUAACAUCAGACAUCACGCCUCUAACUGGCCGCAAGACAGGAUUGGGUGGGGCCAAGGAAAAGAGAUGGUCUAUGGACUCGAUGGGCUCAACGGUUUCAAUGUCAUUGGACGCCCCGAGAAGAACUGAUUUUGUGUGGGAGAUGCCUUUCACAGUCAAGUGUAUUGGCACUUUCAGAGGCCACAAGGGUACCAUUUGGUCCAUGGUCAUCCAUCACAACCUGAUGUACAGCGGGAGCAGCGAUGGUACUAUCAAAGUAUGGGCCACCUCUGACCUGAGGAAGGGCUGCCUCAAGACAGUGGCCGCUCAUAAGGACUGUACAUUGUGUCUUGCCAUUGGUCGGGGGAUCUUGUACAGUGCUGGUACUGACUUGUGUCUCAGAUCAUGGCACCUAGAAACACUGGAGGAAGUGGCUUUCGUGCAGAAAGCUCAUGAUGGAAUGGUCAGUGCUAUGGUGUGUAGUAAGGAAUACCUCUACACUUCAUCAUUCGGCUGUAUCAAGGUGUGGAAUGCAGUAACGUUGAAGGAGAUCCACAACAUCAGUGGUCUCUCUCAAUCCUGGGUGCGGGCACUCGAGUAUGACAAGAGAAAGGACCGACUGUAUAGCUGCUCGUUCAACAAGAUACACAUUUGGAAGGGCCACGAUGACUUUGCCCUCCUGCAUGAGAUGGAGACAAUGUAUGGAGCUCUGUACUCUCUGGCUGUCACCAAGGAUUACAUCAUCACUGGCACCCACAAUCAGAACAUCCAGGUGUAUGACAUCUCCACUCUAAAACAUAUCUGUACUCUCAGCGGGCAUAUUGGCAUAGUAACAGUGCUCAAAGUGUCUGAAUCCCAUAAUGGUGGGUACAUGUUCUCUGGUUCCUCGGACACCACUGUGCAGGUCUGGAACCUGGAAAACAUGCUGCCUAUCCUGGCGUUACAAAGACACGAGAAACCCAUCCGCUCCUUGGCCAUUUACCGUGACUCAGUCUUCACCGGCUCAGAGGACAUGGAGAUUAAAGUAUUCCGGCAUUUCAAACUCUGAACACACCAACCAUUAUAAUAAUUAGUGACGUUUGUACAAGUUACACGGACAUCAUGUCAUAUAGACACACUUAUACAGUUUAGUUGUUUUUUUUAUGUAUGUAGCUGUUAUAUUUUUCAAGAAUAUAAAUGUUGUGUGUGAA